GGGCGUGGUCGGAGCUAUCAGCAGGCGGUGUGGCGUUUACUAACCGGGGAGUCUCGGGUCCUGGGGUGGGGGGUGGGGGUCGCCCCCACGUCUGGCUAGCGAGAUGGCAGCGCGCUGGAGCAGUGAGAACGUGGUGGUGGAGUUUCGGGACUCUCAGGCGACUGCCAUGUCUGUGGACUGUCUUGGGCAGCAUGCAGUGCUUUCUGGCCGAAGAUUCCUGUACAUCGUCAAUCUAGAUGCCCCUUUUGAAGGUCAUCGGAAAAUCUCCCGACAGAGCAAAUGGGACAUUGGAGCUGUACAGUGGAAUCCUCAUGACAGCUUCGCACACUAUUUUGCAGCUUCGAGUAACCAACGGGUUGACCUUUAUAAGUGGAAGGAUGGCAGUGGGGAAGUUGGCACAACCUUACAAGGCCACACUCGAGUUAUCAGCGACCUGGACUGGGCAGUAUUUGAGCCAGAUCUCCUGGUCACCAGUUCUGUGGACACCUACAUCUACAUCUGGGAUAUCAAAGACACAAGGAAGCCUACGGUUGCGUUGUCAGCUGUAGCUGGUGCCUCCCAGGUCAAAUGGAAUAAAAAAAACGCUAACUGCCUUGCCACUAGCCAUGAUGGUGACGUUCGGAUAUGGGAUAAACGGAAACCCAGCACAGCAGUGGAAUAUCUGGCAGCCCACCUCUCCAAAAUCCAUGGCCUGGACUGGCACCCAGACAGUGAGCACAUCCUCGCCACCUCCAGUCAAGACAACUCUGUCAAGUUCUGGGAUUACCGCCAGCCUCGGAAAUACCUCAGUAUUCUCCCUUGCCAGGUGCCCGUCUGGAAAGCCAGAUACACACCUUUCAGCAAUGGAUUAGUGACUGUGAUGGUCCCCCAGCUGCGGAGGGAGAACAGCCUGCUCCUAUGGAAUGUUUUUGACUUGAAUACUCCAGUUCACACCUUUGUGGGGCAUGAUGACGUGGUCCUGGAGUUCCAGUGGAGGAGACAGAAGGAAGGGUCCAAGGACUACCAACUGGUCACAUGGUCCCGGGAUCAGAGCUUGAGAAUGUGGCGGGUGGAUUACCAAAUGCAGAGGCUCUGUGCCAAUGACAUACUAGACGGUGUCGAUGAGUUCAUUGAGAGCAUGUCCCUUCUUCCGGAACCAGAGAAGACCCUGCACACUCAAGACACAGAUCACCAGCCCAGCUCAAGCCACGGAGAGGAAGAUGGUAAUGUAACUGAUAUCCUAGCCAUGAAGGAAGAUCCUCCCAGCAGUUUGCUGGAAGAGAGGAAAUCAGACCAGCUAGGCCUGCCUCAGACCCUGCAGCAGGAGUUCUCCUUGAUCAAUGUACAAAUCCGGAAUGUCAAUGUGGAGAUGGACGCUGCGGACCGGAGCUGCACAGUGUCCGUGCACUGUAGCAACCACCGAGUCAAGAUGCUGGUGACCUUCCCAGCACAGUACCCCAACAAUGCUGCUCCUUCUUUCCAGUUCAUUAACCCUACCACUAUCACGUCUGCUGUGAAGGCCAAGCUGCUGAAGAUCCUAAAGGACACUUCCCUGCAGAAAGUGAAGCGCAACCAGAGCUGUUUGGAGCCUUGCCUGCGCCAGCUCGUCUCGUGCCUUGAGUCAUUUGUGAACCAAGAGGACAGUGCUUCCAGCAACCCAUUUGCACUCCCAAACUCUGUGACACCGCCCUUACCAACAUUUGCACGAGUGACCACUGCCUAUGGCUCCUACCAGGAUGCCAAUAUUCCCUUUCCUAGGACCUCUGGGGCCAGGUUCUGUGGAGCAGGUUACCUGGUGUACUUCACAAGGCCCAUGACCAUGCAUCGAGCAGUUUCUCCAACAGAGCCCACUCCUAGGUCUCUGUCAGCCCUCUCUGCUUAUCACACUGGCUUGAUUGCACCAAUGAAGAUUCGCACUGAGGCCCCUGGGAACCUGCGUUUGUACAGCGGGAGCCCAACCCGCAGCGAGAAAGAGCAGGUCUCCAUCAGCUCCUUCUACUACAAGGAACGGAUGUCUCCUCGCUCUGCCCGGCGACGUUGGUCCAUACAAGCAAUUAACGACUUCCCGAAAUCAAGGAGGUGGAAAAGUAAGCGGGAAGGAUCAGACACUGGCAAUCGACCCAUUAAGGCGGCCGGGAAGGUCAUCAUCCAGGAUGUCUCUUGCCUCCUUCCCGUUCACAAGUCCCUGGGAGAGCUGUACAUAUUGAAUGUGAAUGAUACUCAGGAGACGUGUCAGAAGAACGCCACUUCUGCCAUGCUUGUUGGAAGGAAGGAUCUUGUCCAGGUUUGGUCACUGGCUACGGUAGCUACAGAUCUUUGCCUUGGUCCGAAGUCUGACCCAGAUUUGGAAACACCUUGGGCUCGACAUCCAUUUGGGCGACAGCUGCUGGAGUCCCUAUUGGCUCACUAUUGCCAACUCCGAGACGUUCAGACCUUGGCUAUGCUCUGCAGCGUGUUUGAAGCCCAGUCCCGGCCGCAGGGUUUACCAAACCCUUUUGGGCCUUUCCCUAAUCGUUCUUCUAAUCUUGUGGUGUCCCACAGUCGCUAUCCCAGCUUCACCUCCUCGGGGUCCUGCUCCAGCAUGUCAGAUCCAGGGUUCAACACCGGUGGCUGGAACAUAGUGGGAAGGGAGACAGAACACUUCUCCUCACCUUGGGGAGAGUCUUCGCCAGAAGAGCUCCGCUUUGGGAGUCUCACUUACAGUGACCCCCGUGAGCGUGAACGUGACCAGCACGACAAAAACAAAAGGCUACUGGACCCUGCCAAUACCCAGCAGUUUGAUGAUUUUAAGAAGUGCUAUGGAGAGAUCCUCUACCGCUGGGGUCUGAGAGAGAAACGGGCAGAAGUGCUGAAGUUUGUGUCCUGCCCUCCUGACCCUCACAAAGGGAUUGAGCUGGGCGUGUACUGCAGCCACUGCCGGAGUGAGGUCCGAGGCAUGCAGUGUGCCGUCUGCAAAGGCUUCACGUUCCAGUGCGCCAUCUGCCAUGUGGCUGUGCGGGGGUCGUCCAACUUCUGCCUGACCUGUGGCCACGGUGGCCACACCAGCCACAUGAUGGAAUGGUUCCGGACCCAGGAGGUGUGUCCCACUGGGUGUGGCUGCCACUGCCUGCUGGAGAGCACCUUCUGAACUCCAGGGAUGAUGGUACUGUCUGGAACCCCAGAGGACUCGGUAAAUGCCGGAGAAGGCUCUGGCGCUAGUGGUGGAAGGUUCCAGAACUUGGGUUAUCCCCAAUGAUUCAGGAGCAGAGCGUCGUCCCCCCGGAUUGUCACAGCAUCCGCUCCUCAUGAGCCUUUGCCUUCCCUUCUCCUUGGCUGUUGGGGCAUGGGUGGUGCUGAAAGAAGGGAUGGAGACCACAGAGCUGGCCAUCCUACACUGUUGAGUUCACGGUGGAUGUUUUCAUGAGGAAAAGCACCUGUUUCCAGAGCCAGAGUAAGCCUUCAAGAUGUUGUCCCAGAACCCUGGGCUCUCCAUUGCCAGUGCAAAGAUAGGCCAGCUGCAGCAGUCUCCUGAGCAAAAAGACGCUGGCUGUUACGGUUCAUCUACAAGUGAGCCUAUGGUAUUUAUGACUCUAGAAGUUGGUACUUUUGCUUAUGGCCUUAUAAAAUACAAUACUGAAGUGUAAUAUAUGAUGUACAUAUAGUCAAGAUUGUUUUUCCAUGUGCAAGGCUUGAACUCACAGCCUUGCACAUGUUAGUGAGCAGCCACUGAGUUCCAUUCCCAACCCCCUAAGAAUUCUUAAGAUGUACAUAUAUUUUAAGUUUCUCCUCCAUCUGCUUUCCCUUGACUAAUAAAACUUUAUACUUGUUUGAGCGAGAGAGAGAGAGAGAGAGAGAAGAAACAAGCAGCUGACCAUCUCGGUGAUUCAUUUUGCAUUGUACUUCUGCUUGAAGUACUUCUGUUUUGGACAGGGCUAGAAUUAGUCCCAUGAUUUCUAAAGGAAAUGCUGUUUGACUUUGAUCAUCUGACAGGAGGAAAUAGAAUCUGACAUUAAGGUUCUUCCUAGCUGCAAGAGUCUCAUAAUUAUUUCUUCUAGCAAAAGGGAAAUGAGAUUGCAUUUCAGCAAUGAUACCAAAGUCUCUCUGCCUCUGGGCAGGCUGGCUGGAUUCCAGGGCUGCCUUUUUACUUGAACUCCCUUGCAAACUCAUCUCUGUCACUCCUUCAGGAUUUUCAGAGUUUACACACACACACACACACACUCACACACACACACACACACACACCAUACAUGUAUAAAAUUCCUGUCUCUUAGAAAUUUAAAUUACUUGGGCCUGUGAUAUGGCUCAGCAGGGAAAGGUCCCUGCCACUAAGCUUAAUAAUCAAAUUUUGAUCCUCAGGGCUCACAUGAUAGAAGGGACAACUGACUCACGAAAGCUGUCUGACUUCCACACGUGUGCAGUGAUAUGUGAAUAUACACACGCACACACACCAAAAAUGUGAUUUAAAAUUAUUAUAAUUCCAAAUUGAUUAACCUGAGAGAUAUAUGUAAUUUGUGUCAUUGGAGUAUGGUUGCACAUGUCUAUAAUCCCUUCAUUCAUGAGGCUGAGGUAAGAGGAUUGCAAGUUUGAGAGCAUCCUGGGCUGCAUUGUAAGUUGAAGGUCAGUGUAGUCCAUAUUGCAAGACACUGUCUUACAAACAAAAAGCAAACAUAAUGAAAACAAGAUCUGAGGAGAUCUUGAAUGCUUGCCUAGCAUAUACAAGGCCGUGAAUUCCAUCCUCAGCCACACAAACACACAAAAAAAACGAAACACCUACAUGUGCCAUAAUAACACACUUACAUGUGUGUCUCACUUUGUUUGAAACUACGAUUUACAAGAAUGAUUUCUAAGGCUUUAUUUGUAUGUGUGUGAAUCUCCGUGUGUCUGUGUGUUGUGUGGGACAGAGGAGGUCAUGUGGCUCCUUGGUACAGGGGUUUGCAGGACUCCUUGCUUGUUGUUACAUGUGUGCUCAGGAGCCCUAGCUUGGGUCUUCAUGACUGCAAAACAAAGACUCUAACUGUUGAGCCAUCUCUCCAGCCCCCAAACUGUCAUUUAAAGGAAGGGAAGUGGUAUGGGAGAGGAAUGAUCGUGUAUCCACACACACAAAUUCAGUUUUGUGUAAUUUGUACACCCACUUGCAUUCAUAUCUUAUGAAGUUUGGGGUUCACCUGUCCCUUGUGUUAUUGAUUGUUCAAGAGACUCCAUGGCAUAAGCUUCGUCUUGACCCAUGUGCCAAGUUUGAGUAGCAAUGUGUCAACAGCAUGUGCGGGAGCUGUGCUGGGGUGAAGGAGGAAGGCCCAGGACAUCUGAGUGUAUUUAGCGCUGUUCUCUUUCAGCCUUGUUGGUGUGGUGCUGCCAUGAUGGUGGUCUUCAGAGAGUUCACACCGCUUGCAAAGAACAGUCUCUUCCUCUGCCCCGCUGUGAAGCUAAUGGAAAACCUGUCCCUGCUGAGAACGAGAUGGAUGGUUUUCUUGUGUGCAUUUUUUUAUAAGAGCGCUGUCUUCCAAAACAGAAAAGCCUUCUUAGUGACCGUGACAUCAUUUCAGGUUUAAGGUGUUCUGCUGGAGGCUGGAGAGGUGGCUCGGUGAUUAAGGGGCCCUUCAAUUCCCAGCACCUGUAUGCUGUUUACAGCCAUUUGUUACUCUCAUUCCGGGAGAUCUGAUGCCCUUUUCUGGCCUCUGCCAGCACCAGGUAUACACAUGUAUAUAGACAUACAUGCAGUCAAAACAUUCAUGCAUAAAAUAAAAAGAGCGUUAUAUAACAUCU